UGGUUGUCAGCAGCGCAGACAUGGACCGGAAACAUUUUUAGAUAAAUUCUGGAGCUCGGAAGAAUUAAAUCUAGAGCCAGGGAUAUUCACGAUGGGUCUCGAGCCCAGGACAGUUUUUCGGGGUUGUGGCCUUUGUUCGUUUAAUUUCCUCUUCGAAUCAACUUUUCUUCUGUCUUGUUUAUUUUCCGAGCUGCAGGAACUGCCCUCACCGGAACUCGGAGUUUUGACUUUUCUGUAUUCUUUUCCUGGUCACAAUUGUGGUUUAAACCGGUUUUUCCCUUUCAUAACGAACGAACAGUUUUAAGUAAGACUUGAGGUUCUCACAGCGGUGAAUAUGAAGAUUUCUGUCUUCAGACUACACAGCGCAAUAACCCAGAAGACAGAAAUCCGAACAGUUUUAACUUUAUAGCCUGUGAUCCGUGGAUUCUACGGAGCAGGUUGUCUGCGCAACCGAUUCACCUGUGUACUAUGGAACUCACCUGCUUCUAUGAUUUUCGAUCCGUGAUAAAUAAUCUUUGAUAACAAGUGUGGUGGGAAGUGGGAAAAGUUGUCUUGGAUUAGUUGGUAUCAAAAUGUCUGGUUUGCAUAAUAAAGUCGUAUUAAUAACAGGUGCAAGCUCGGGGAUAGGUGCAGGUACAGCUGUCCAUUUUGCGUCACUUGGGUGCCGUCUUGCCUUAUGUGGCCGAAAUAGUGAAAACUUGCAGAAUGUAGUGAAGCAAUGUAUCGACGCUGGAUUGCCAGAAGAAAAGGUUUUCAGUGUGCUAGGAGAUGUGUGUAUCGUAAAAGACUGUGAACGUGCAGUGAAAGACGUUAUUGAUCAUUAUGGUCAGCUUGAUGUUCUGGUUAAUUCAGCUGGGAUCCAAAUUCCUGGAAGUAUUGAAACAACUAAACUUGAAGAUUUUGAUAAACAGAUGAACACUAACAUGCGAUCAGUGUUUGUCUUGACACAGCUUGCUGUUCCUCACCUUAUCAAGACUAAAGGAAACAUUGUGAAUGUAUCGAGUGUUGCAGGAUUGCGCUCAUUCCCCGGUGUUCUUGCUUACAAUAUGAGUAAGGCUUCUGUGGAUCAGUUGACUCGUACUGUUGCGUUGGAAUUGGCAGACAGGAAUGUGCGGGCUAAUGCUGUUAAUCCUGGUGUCAUUGUUACUGAGAUUCACAAACGAGGAGGAAUGAGUGAAGAGGAUUAUCAACAGUUUCUGGAGAGAUGCAAAAUUACUCAUGCAUUGGGUCGUGCUGGAACUGUGGAUGAGGUUGCUAAGAGCAUUGCUUUUCUAGCAUCAGAUGAUGCAUCUUUUAUUACCGGUGUUACUCUGUCAAUUGACGGAGGACGCGGUGUUAUGUGUCCUCGUUAAUGGAAGCUUAAAUCUGUAGAAUAAAAAAGAGUGUUUGUACUGUCAUCAAGAGCUUUCAGUAUAAAAUCGCAGAGCUUGUUACGAAUUUGACUUGACACAUACGAUUCACCCCUGCUUGGGUGACUCCAGUGAGUGACUGUCAACUGCUUCAUUGAGGAAGGUAGUUCUCGCAAGAGGUAAUAAUGUAAUUUCAGUUAUAAAAAUCAGCCGGUAUUACACUGAAUAGUAUUUACUAAUUGUAAAUUUAGCCAUAUUAGUAUUAUUUUUAUAAUCUCUUAGAAGAGUAAUAUAGUAUUAUUAUCCCAUUCAUAUUUUGGAACCUGUGGUGUCUGAUAUUUCAAGCUGUGCCCAUACUGUUCAGAAUUUUAUGCAUAAAUAUAAUUUCCAAACUAGACAUUUUUGUAGCUAUGUAUUAUGUACUCUUUGUUUUGUCUGCUUACGUGGGUUAAAUUAUACUUGCCUGCAUAUUGAACAUGUGACAUUAAUGCUUAUAGAUCAAAUUCUUUGUUAACAAGAGCACAAGUAAUAUUGGUUCUUGGUGCUAAACCUUACGGAGAAAGAAUAUGAAUGUGAAAUAUAAGGUUCUCAUGGCUAUGAAGAUGACAGUUUUACACUUUUGGGUUACGAUACUGUGUGGACUCAUAGGUAGAUACCAGUGUUUCAGAGGAACAUGCUCCUCCAUCUUCAGGGCUGAACUGUGGGUGUUAGGAAGUUGAUAGUUUGUGCAGGGUCAGAGGAAGGGCUAGGCUUAGGGGCAAUUAGCCAUAGUUGAGGAAUGAGAAGGAUGUGGACUGGCUUACCCUGGUUCACAGGGUCAAGGUUUUCUGCAGUCCUGACAGUCUUGAAGAAGAAUAGGAAUUCCUUCUCAUCUUCCUGGGCAUUGGCUACAGAAAAGAGUAGAUUCACCAGACCAUCCACCCAAGAGAGUCCCACCACCAUUAUCAGAGGAAUUAUUACCCUUUGUUGGCUUUCCUUUUAGUUGAAUCAGUAGGGUGUUGUCCAAACACAGCAUCAAGACUGUGGACCUCUCACCAAGGGCACGCUCUAGCUUCUUUGGCUGAUCAAGGCUGACUUAGCUUUAAAGGUGGUCUGGAAAAAUGUAGGCCCACACUGGACAUUCAGUUGAAAUGAGGGUCAGAGAACGCCUCUGGCACAUCCAUCUCUAUAAUUCUGAUGUCUGCUGUGGAUGAACACAGGAUGCAUCUGGACCAUCACAUCCAUCUUCAUAACAUCAGUACGGCAGUGAGAAAAUCCAGACACGUCUUGAAUGGCUUCUUCCUGAGCAGGUCACUGAAGCUGCUCAUUGACAUCCUGAAGGAACAUAAGCGGGCUCUCAUCAAGGACAUGGCUCGCACUCCAUUCUAUCCCUACUCUUCCUGUGGUCCUUGUGAGGACCUUCCUGGAUGAUUGUCCAUCUGAGUCUUGUUUAUAAUCUGCCCUUAUUAGGAUUUGCUGUUCUCUGUUGUCCCUCCAUACUUACCAUUGUAUGCUCUCCUCCUCCCACUUAUGGUCCUGCCUUGCCCAGAUUUGGGUUCUUGAAGUGCCCUCUUUCUUGAACUCCAUUCCCUGACCUGGCUCUGCAUUUCAGCUUGCAUCUACCCUCCAGUUUGGUCCAUUAAUGGUCCAAGUCUGGAUUUCUCUCCUGUGACCCAAUCUUCCUCUCUGUUUCCCUGCAUGGAGACUCCACAUUAGCUCAGACCAUCUCCUUAUCAUUCCUUGACUGUGAUUGGCUGAUUGCCCCCUAGCCUAGCCCUAUAAAGUAUCCACUUCCCAACACUCCUGCUGCAGUCAUGAAGAUGGAGACAAUAUAUUUCUCUGAAACACUGGUCUCUAUCUACGAGUCCAUGUGGUGUCACGACCUAGAAAAAAAUUGCAGUAUUUAGAAUAUAAAUAUCUUGUGCAUUUUGCUACAUUUGAAAUGUAGGAAUUUCAAAAGAGGUAUUUUUCUAGCUACAGUCUGGUUUGAGAGUUUGAAGACACAGCAAACCAACAGAAUUUUGGUUGGUGAUCCAUGCUGUGCUGUUGGCAAAGGAACGUCCUGAAUAAAACAAAGUAAAUGUUCGGCUUUUGAAAGAUUGUUGUGAUGCACUAUAACCUGUAUUUGUGUGGUUGUCGCCUUUGUUAACAGCUGUAGCGUGUGGACUUGUUAAAUAAACACAGAAUUUUAAUUUUGUAUUUGUUAUGAAAUGUUAUUAUUAGAUAACAUCUGUUGCUUUGAAGUCAGAAGUUUGUGUCUUGUGCCUACUGACUUUUGUUUGUCAUAAUGAUCACUGGAAAAUACACAUUUUUAAAAUG